AUGACUACCUUUGAUGACGAUGCACCUGAUAGUGAAUCUGAUAAAGGUGUCGGGGAACCUGGAGAAGGCAUCCCUAAAGACCUAAUUGGUAGCUUAGUCCGAAGGGUCAAGUCCAGAGGACCAAGGAAAAAGAGGGUGGUUAGUUCUCCAUUUAUUGUUGUAAAGAGAAAGAAGCUGGUAGAAGUUCCGUCCUCAAAUAUAGAUGAUAUAGUACAGCAUAUUUAUGAGUCUUCCACGCCGAUUACCAUACCAUCUCCACGACUCGAUGAAGCUAGGGAAAAGGAGACAGGAGAAGCUUGGGAGGAGGUACAGUCGGGCGCAACUGUUCCAUAUGAAAGUGUCCUCCCUUCUUCAGCCAUAGAGUUCCCCGACAGAGAACUACUACCAUCAAACAUUCAACAGGUGAUCGAUAGCUGUUUAAGAAUGUACAAAGAAAGGGAUGACUUAAUAAUUGCCCAGGGUCACAUUCAUAUUAGUCAAAUUGACCUGGAAGCACUUUGGGAUAAUAAAGAAAUCGGCGUGGAUCAUGUAGAUUUAUUUGCCAUUGGAUUAGAAAACCAUCGGCGUCAGCCCCCUAAUUCUUUUAGACCCUAUUUGUACUUAUCUCUGGCGCAUUGGGGGUUUAGAGACCAUCCUCUACGAGAUAUUGUUGUCCACAUCAUAGUGGAAGCUGUAGCUCAGGUAGAGGCAAUUUUAAUUCCAAUUGUUAAUAAUAGGCAUUGGACUCUACUUGUUGGGAACCAGAAGGACCGCAAGUGGAGAUUCUACAACUCAUUGCCUAAUAAAAUGCAUUUGGGAGUCACACGUGACGUGAUAAGGCAUCUUCAUAAGGACGCCGGGAAUGCUUUCCACAGUGACCCGAGUAAAUGGGAUGUUAGCACGGCUAGAGGAAUUUCCACACAAACUAAUAGCGUCGACUACGGUAUAUUUGUUUGUAAAUAUAUGAAGACACUUGUGCAGAAAGGCAAGAAUAACUGGAAAGAUUUUCAAGACUGGCAGGCUGAGAUGCCUCGGUUUAGGGCAGAGAUAGUAUAUGAAAUUUGA